AUGUCCUCCGAUGCGGCGACUUUGCCAUCUCCCCCAAAUAUACCACCGUGGAAGGACAACCGGCGUCCUUGCUCGGUGGGGGACGACAUGGAUCCCAGCAGAAAAGUUAACAGACCACAUUCCUAUCCUAAGGGCAAGGCCCCUCUCAUCCCACCGCGGCGACCUCGGUUCCCCAAUAUCAAAGACCUCCAAGACCAGGCCGCUGCAUUAAAUGUUAACGAUACUACGCCGCUUAGUAUUCUCUUGCCAACAGCUGCCGAUGCAAUCCAAAGGGCCAUCGACCUCGCAGAUGACGACUACAAUGACAAAGCCUACGUCCAGUACCUUCGUGCCUCUGAAAUCACUAUCAAUCUCAUCCCCCAUCACCCAGACUAUCGAACCGUCAGCCAACGCCCUGAUUGGUACAAGGAGUUCGCCGAUCUAGUGAAGGCGGUGCGGUCCAAACAAGGCACUAUGGAUGCGAUCAAGCGGGACAUCAUCGAGGAUAAUUUGAUCAGUGGCAUGCAGCCAACCGGUAUAUUUACAUCCAGAUCCCCAGAACAAAUUUCUGUCACCACACGGGGCCGUGAAAAUCGAGAGUCUGGAACAAACUUAGCUAGAAUGCCAAGUCCGACUCAGUAUCAAAGAAUGCCCGAAACAGAGGCACAUUCGCAAAGAUUUUCCAGUCCUCCAGAUGACAUGCUUGCGCAACGUUUUGCCAAACUCAAGGCGUCUCCGCCUUCCAACCAGUAUGCCACUGCUGGACCGGGAAGCCCAAUUGUAGGAUCUGCAGGGCAGACCCCACUUCAUCCGUCGAACGUACCCCUUGGGACAUACAGCUCCCCACCGCCAAGGCGUCCAUUGGGACCUCGCGGCAUGGGAUCUUCAUCUAAUUUGCCGACCAUUCCGCCGAAGCUUCCGCUUAACACAUCGUUACCACGUGCUCCUGACCCGGCCUAUAGCCCUGUCUUCACCGUGCCAUCAAAGCCCACGUCCAACCCACCGAGAAGGUCAACGGAGAGUACACGCUCAACCAAUCCAAGAUACUCACAAUUCAGCAACUCACCACGUGUCAGUCCGACCCGGGGAGGCUUUGAUGACAAUCCGUAUAGAUCUAUGACGCCCAAUGGGUUGGAUUCGACGCAAGAGACACGAAGCAACUCACCCGAUUUGCCGUACAGCACAACUAUAUCUGCACAGAGCCUCCUUGAAAAUCUGCGGAAAUUCAAUGUGCUGCUGAUCGAUGUUCGGACCCGAGACCAGUACGAUAAUGGUCACGUAUAUGCAAAAUCCAUCAUUUGUAUAGAACCUGUGGUUCUGAAAGAGAACGUGUCAGCAGAAGAACUAGAGGAGCGACUUGUUGUUUCACCAGAACAUGAGCAGGCCUUAUUUGAGAAACGGAACGAGUACGACCUUGUGGUUUACUAUGAUCAAAGCGCCGAUUCCGUCAGCUAUCUCGCUGGCUCACCGAUAGGGACAUCAUCACCCCAUUUGAGGGCUCUCCAUGACACUCUUUACGAGUUCAAUGCAUACAAGCCGCUGAAGGCUGGGCGGCCUCCGGCUCUCCUGCUUGGUGGAUUGGAUGCCUGGAUCGAUCUUUUAGGGCAACAAUCCCUUGCGACAUCCUCAACCGCUGCCGUAAUGAGUUCUCUGCAGGCCAGAAAGCCCGUGCCUAGACCUGGUCGGCCGCUCGGGAGAGUGCCUACCAUGGCUAGUGCAAAUUCAAGCCUUGAAAUUCGGAAGAGACGACUGCGCGAGUUCACUCCUUUGAAUUCGAAGGAGUUGUCCGAGUGGAUGGAGAAAUCUAAAGUCGAGGAGAUCGACACGAGCACGUAUGCCGAGGAAGACUCGCUGACGGAAGAACCAGAGGAAACCGGAUCAGAGCCUUCAACUCCAUUUGUCCAAACAUAUGAGGCUUUCUUGCGUCGUUUCCCUGAACCGCACGAUGUUCAACAGUCCAUGAUACACGCAGAUCCCCGUCCUCCCCUUGCCGCUGCUCCGAAUUAUGCUGCACACAUGUCAGUGGCCCCCUCUCGACCACCCCCUGCUGUGCCCCGUCCCAGCUAUAGUGGGGUCUCCGAUGGACGGCAGAUUCAACCCCAUUUGCAACGACAGAAUUCGGCGAAUCGAACAGCCCUCUACGCUCCAAGCUCCCGCCUAGAUCGUCUCAAACUUCCGCGGACUGGAUUGACCAAUUUCGGUGUGACGUGCUACAUGAAUUCCACCAUCCAAUGUCUCAGCGCAACGAUUCCACUGAGUAGGUUCUUCAUCGACAACCGAUUUCGCUAUUAUGUACAAAAGAAUUGGAAGGGGUCUCAGGGCGUUAUGCCGGGACUUUAUGCGAACCUGACCCGGUCGCUGUGGAAGAACGAUAUCGAGGUCAUCAUGCCGACCUCGUUCCGGAACUUCUGUGGACGCUUGAAUCGAGAAUGGGCCAUCGACCGGCAGCAAGAUGCCAAAGAAUUCUUCGAUUUUGUGGUGGAUUGCCUCCACGAGGAUCUCAAUAUCAAUUGGCAGCGAACACCGCUUCGACCUUUGACCUUUUCAGAGGAGAUGCAACGAGAGCGAAUGCCAAUGACCAAGGUUUCCCGAAUUGAAUGGGACCGAUACUGCCACCGAGAGGAGUCUUUUAUCUCGUCACUAUUUGCAGGACAACAUGCCAGUCGACUGCGCUGUACGACCUGUCGACAAACCUCCACUACCUACGAGGCCUUCUACAGUAUCAGCGUUGAAAUCCCACCAACCGGUGCUGGUGAUAUCUAUCAGUGUCUCCGUAGCUACUGCCAGGAGGAGAUGCUGAGCGGCGACGAGGUCUGGAAGUGCCCACACUGUAAAUGCAAGCGAAUGGCAACCAAGCAGAUCAUCAUCACGCGAGCACCCCAGAUUCUCGUUGUCCACUUCAAGCGCUUUUCUGCAUCUAAGACCCAAAGCGCACGGAAGAUCCACACCCCCAUCGAAUUCCCGCUUCACGGUCUGCGGAUGGACGAUUUCGUGAUUUCUCACCCCCACCCUCCCCCUCGGGAGCCCGGUAUGCCGCCUACCACCGGCGCCACGGUCCCACCGUUUACCUACGAUGCCUUUGCGGUGCUACGGCAUAUCGGGUCUUCGAUGGGCAGCGGACACUACAUCUCGCUGGUCCGCGAUGCGGAGCGGCAGUGCUGGCGGAAAUUCGAUGACGAUCGGGCCACGGACUUCAAUCCGCGGGAGCUUCGGGAGCGGGACCGGUUACAGAACGAGCAAGCGUAUAUUGUGUUUUAUGAGCGAGUUCCAGCGAAAUGA